AUGGUCUUGAAAUCCGCUUUGAGGCUGGAGUCCAGGUACAUGAUCACCCUUGAGCCAAUCUCAUUUGUCAUCAUCCCUGGGGCGGCUGGUAUGCAGCUAGCAUUCAGGCUCGCCCUCGUUGCCAAGGACCAAAACAAGACCGAGCGCCCUCUCAAUGUCCCCGGUCUUGUCUACGGGCUGGGCGGGCUGGCUAUGGGAUUUCUUGCUACCGCAGUGACGUUGUCCAUCAGUGGGAAAGCAGAUAAUCCUGCCGGAAUGCCAGAAGCUGUCACGGGGCCGCCGCAAUACGCAGACAAGUCGGCAAUGCUGCUAGCCGUUGAGGAGAUUCGAGAAGCGCUCGGGCACGACGCGGUCAGCAUGGACUCUGACGUUAUCGAAAGCCACGGCUACUCGGAAUGCUCGACCUCCAACACUGCCGCCCGCCCUUUCGCCGUCAUCCUGCCCACUUCGACCGAAAGCGUGUCGAAGGUUGCACAAAUCUGUAGCAAAUACAAAGUACCUAUGAUCCCCUUUGGUGCAGGUUCGAGCGUCGAGGGCAACAUCUGCGCACCAUAUUCCGGAUUCAGCAUCGACUUGUCUAGAAUGGACACGGUGGUAGCUAUCCACGAGGACGACAUGGAUGUUGUGGUGCAGGCUGGUGUCAACUGGGUCAACCUCAAUGAGAUGCUGCGACCUUUGGGGCUGUUCCUCCCGCUAGACCCGAGCCCGACUGCUCAGAUUGGCGGCAUGAUUGCGACUAACUGUAGCGGGACGAAUGCCAUGAGGUAUGGCACCAUGAAGGACUGGGUUGUUAACCUCACGGUUGUGCUCGCAGACGGAAGAGUCAUCAAGACACGCCGACGACCGCGCAAGACAUCAGCGGGCUACAAUCUGAACUCCUUGUUCACGGGCUCUGAAGGCACACUCGGCAUCAUCACCGAGGCUACGCUAAAGCUGGGGAUCAUACCAACGCACUUCGGCGUAGCCACGACGUCCUUCCCGACGGUCAAGGAUGCAUGCAAAGCUGCUACGUCCAUGAUGCGACGCGGGAUCUCCCUUGCGGCACUGGAACUCAUGGAUGACGUUCAGAUGCGAGUCAUCAACCAGACCGGCGGAGCGGGAGGCCGGACCUGGCCCGAGAAGUCGACGCUUUUCAUCAAGUUUUCUGGCGGUGCCGCCGGUAUCGUACAGGACAGCAUCGAGGCGGCCCGGCAUGUGUCUACGGCAAACGGCGGUACCGACUUCACGGUGGCCAAGGAUGAAAAGGCUAUCGACGAUUUAUGGUCGGCCAGGAAACAGGCGCUGUGGGCUAUGCUUGCCGUACGACCGGAAGGGACGCAAAUAUGGUCGACAGAUGUUGCUGUCCCGCUGUCGCACCUGGCAGACAUUGUCGACCAGUCCAAGAGCAACGCGUCGAAACUGGGUCUGUUUUCGAGCGUGCUCGGCCAUGUGGGCGACGGCAACUUCCACCAGUCCGUCAUGUACAACCCCAACAAGCCGGAACAGGUACGAGGCGUCAAGGACUGCGUCGACACCAUGAUCAUGACGGCCUUGGACAUGGAAGGCACCGUCUCGGGAGAGCACGGCAUUGGGCUCGGGAAACGGCACUGUUUGGAAAAGGAACUUGGACCGGACACAAUCGAAAUCAUGAGAACACUGAAACGGAGUCUCGAUCCUGACUGGCUUCUGAAUCCCGGGAAAGUGAUUAGCUUCUGA